AUUGUGAUUUCUAACUUGUUCAUUUUCUGCUGCAUGUUCCUCCUCUGUUCUUCGGGACCGUGCGUGACGGACGUAAUUUAUUUGUCGUGUACGGCGACCAAUAUCUGAACGUCGUCGCGGCAUUGCGCUCGAUUCAAACCAAAUAACGAAUACGUACCCUUGAGAUGGCAGUAAUGUUUACAGGCAGGCGGUCGGGCGCACUUGAGACUGCCGUUGACGUUGACGUUAUAAACUGUCACACUUCACCCCCGAACAAUUUUUUAAGCUUUUACUUUACUUCGACAUAUCGGCAUUCGGCAACAGUCCAGUGGUCCCGGUGCCUGGCGUUAGAUCUCUGUUGUAAUUAAAGUGAAAAAUAUUAUAAAAAACGAUGGACCGUUUUUGCAGUUAUUGUGGGGCAAGGAGACAACUGGAGUUUGAUCGUCCAUUGGAUCGCUGUAGCAAAUGUGAUAAAUUCCCAUUUAUAUUAUCGCACGAAGUAAAGUCAGCGUCGGUAUUGCGGUGUUCGGUGUGUACUGCUUAUAUCUGCGCGAUAAACAGAUAUUGCGAAAUAUGUGGACAUACGGUGGAAAACAGCAAACGGAUAAGGGGCGAAAGAGCUGGACAAAUGCAAAUGGCAGGAAAAAUUCAGGCGAAAAAAAUGGAAGCUAUCGAACGGAGAAAAAGACGAAAACUGGAAGCUGAGUGUUCAUCGUUCAGUGCCUCAACCCCAUCCACAAUGACAUCACUUUCGCCGUCAAAAAAGUCAUCAUCUAAUCCGUUAUCAUUUUCAUCCAACGAUGAUGAUGAUGUAGACAAUUUGUUGUCGCAAAUACCGGAUUCGGAAUUGUCGCAAAUACAGGAUUCGCAAACAAAGGAUUCGGAAUUGUCGCAAAUACAGGAUUCGCAAAAACCGGAUUCGGAAUUGUCGCAAAUACAGGAUUCGGAAGCAAACCCAGAGUGAAUCUAUAAUAUGUAAUUAUAAUUAGGUAGGUGAUUAGGUAAUUAGGUAAGAGUGAAUCAAUAAUAUGUAAUUAUAAUUAGGUAGCUGAUUAGGUAAUUAGGUUAUCUUUAUAAUACAUAAGUACAUACUUUAUACAUUUCCAUGUAAUAAACAAAAUAAACAAUUUAAAUUGA